GAUGCUACCAGAGGUGGGGCGUAUGCCGUUCUACUGGCCAGGGCAGGGCCGGGGGUGUGAACUGGGCCUGGGUCUGGGCCAGGGGGACAUGAAGACCACCAAUGAGCCCCACAGCCGCUAUGACCUGGAUGACAUAGACGUGUCCUGGCUGAAGCUGGUUAACCUGGAGUUCAGAGAACUUGGUAAGAUACUUUCUGAGUCCCAAAUGGCACCCUAUUCCCUAUGUAGUGCACUACUUUUGACCAGGGUCCAUAGGGCUCUAGUAAGAGGUUGUGCACUAUAUAGGGGAAUAGGGUUGUAUUUGGGAUGCAACCCUCAAAUCAACAACAGGACUUUAUUAGCCUUUUGUUUUGUUACAUCUGUUAAUUUGAGCAUUUAUGCUAGAAUAUGAUGCCAGAGCUACUAAAACAACUUGGUUUAUUCUCAGUCAUUCAGUCAGUCACUCAUUCAUCCCUAUAUCACCUGCUUGAGGUAACAAAUGCUCUCCCCUAGGUUUAUGUUCUCUACCACUAUCAGCAUUCUACAUGCUGUUCUAUGACAAUGUUGUUACAGUCUUACCAUGUUACCACCGUAUGACUGUACCACAUCGACUCCUGUGUGUCACCCUGCCUCGUCAAAACUUUAAACUGCAGGCUCACACACACACAGUAUUCCUCAAUCCAACUUCACUACUGCACAACUCUGUUUAAUUGCCCCCACACGUCUGACCUAUAAUACAGCCGUCAGUUCUGUGGGUCAGAAGGGUGUGCCUCCUUAUCCUCUGUAUGUCCACACAGAGGGAUCUUCCCACUGUUGAGUCCUGGGUCUCUGCCAGCCACCCAACCACUCUCUGUCUAUCUGGCUCUCUACAUCGCAGACACUGUUUAUUUGUAAUCGGAUUUUGCGCUUAUAGAUUUGAAAAAUAAUUGCAUUUUAAAAUCCCUCAGGCCGGGUUUAUUUACUCUGCUUUUUAAAAGAUUAUGAAAUCGUUUUUCCCCCCCAAAUGUGCGUUUGGUGUGUUCCAGCUGAAAUGAGUUGCUUCUCAUAACCCCAAUGGCUAGACUAAACAAUAAUAAUAAUAUAAUAAUAAUAAUAUGCCAUUUAGCAGACGUUUUUAUCCAAAGCGACUUACAGUCAUACGUGCAUACAUUUUUUUGUGUACGGGUGGUCCCGGGGAUCGAACCCACUACCUUGGCGUUACAAGCGCUGUGCUCUACCAGCUGAGCUACAGAGGACCACUUGCGUGAUUGCUGCUGGGUUAUGAGGUCACAUUGCAACGAUAGGCUGAGAUAGAAAAGAUGAAGAGAAUGCUUUCUUUCGAUCUCUCUCUCUUGUUCUCUCCCUCUACCAAUAUCCCUCUCCAUUUAUCUCUCGCUCUCAUUCUCUCAGACACAGUUAUGCAUGUACAUGCAAAUGUUACGACUGUAAUGUUUGUUCCUCUAGCUGCUCCCUUAUUUACAAGAUGUAAAUGUCAGAGGCUCGGAAGUUAAUGGGUAACUAAACUCAGCUUCCUACUGGUUUGCUUUUAAAAACAAUGAGUCUUUAAUCACUGAAGCCCGUAUGUACAGUGCUGUGAAAAAGUAUUUGGCCCCUUUCUAAUUUUCUGAACUUUUGCAUAUUUUUGAUACUGAAUGUUAUCAGAUCUUCAACCAAAACCUAAUAUUAGAUAAAGGACACCUGAGUGAACAAAUAACACAACAAUGACAUACUUACAUACCCAUGUCGUCCAAAAAGUUAUACGUUUGACUCAUCUGUCCAUAGAACAUUCUUCCAAGAGUCUUGAUGAUCAUCCAGGUGCUUUUUGGAAAACUUGAGUCAACUUUUUGGACUAGAUGGGUCCCAUUUAUGUCUGUUGAAAACCAAACACUGCAUUCCACAGUAAGAACCUCAUACCAACGGUCAAGCAUGGUGGUGGAAGUGUGAUGGUUUGGGGAUGCUUUGCUGCCUCAGGACCUGGACAACUUGCCAUAAUAGAAGGAACCAUGAAUUCUGCUCUAUCAGAUAAUUCUACAGGAGAAUUAUCAGAGAAUUCUACAGGAGAAUGUCGGGCCAUCCAUCUGUGAGCUGAAGCUGAAGCGCAGCUGGGUCAUGCAGCAAGACAAUGAUCCAAAACACACAAUCAAGUCUACAUGAAAAUGGUUAAAAAGCAACACAUUUUAAGUUUUGGAAUGGCCUAGUCAAAGUCCAGACCUAAUCCCAAUUGAGAUGUUGUGGCAGGACUUGAAACGAGCAGUUCAUGCUUGAAAACCCACAAAUGUCGCUGAGUUAAAGCAGUUCUGAAUGCAAGAGUGGGCCAAAAUUCCUCCUCAGCAAUGUGAGAGACUGAUCAACAACUAAAGGUAGCAUUUGGUUGCAGUCAUUGCAGCUAAAGUACUUUUUCACACAGGGGAAUUGGGUGUUGCAUAACUUUGUUAAUUAAAUACAAUUAGUAUCCAUUUUUUUUGUUAUUUGUAAAACUCAGGAUCCCUUUAUCUAAUAUUAGGUUUUGGUUGAAGAUUUGAUAACAUUCAGUAUAAAAAAUAUGCAAAAAUAGAGAAAAUCAGAAAGGGGGCAAAUACUUUUUCACGGCACUGUAUGUAACCCAUGACAGGUCUUUUACCAGUACUUAUAAGACUUUGGCUGCAUUACACAGGCAGCCCAAUUCUGAUCUUUUGCCCAAUUUAUUGCCAAAAGAUUUGAUUGGAUUGGUCAAAAGACCAAUUAAGUGGCAAAAGAUCAGAACGCAGCCUUGGUUUGACACAUGGACAGUUGCUUUUGUUUGUGGCAGUUGGAACAGGGCAAGAAUUUGAAGAAGUACAAGAUACAUUUAUAGCCAGGGUUUAAUAGUACAAAAUGUAAAGCAAACGAAAGAGAAAUGAAAGAGACACAGCGCAAUACACGUGUCAAUCCAGGUACUAGAGUCAGAUAUAUAGAUUUCCAUAGGUGAUGUUUAUUUAUUUUAUUUAACCAGGUAAGCCAGUUGAGAACAAGUUCUCAUUUACAACUGCGACCUGGCCAAGAUAAAGCAAAGCAGUGCGAUAAAAACAACAACACAGAGUUACAUAUGGGGUAAAAAAACACAAAGUCAAAAAAUACAACAGAAAAUAUAUAUACAGUGUGUGCAAAACUAUGUGACUAGCUGUGACCCUUAACUAGACUCUCUGUCCUUCUCUUCCAAACGUAUCAUAGACUGACUCUGACCCACGUCCCAACCCAGUGUCUGACACUGACCCUACUCUCUCUCCUUCACUCCCCCUCAGCGCUGCCGGAGCUGGACGAGCUGACCAUGGAGCGUGUGUUGGUGGAGCUGGAGAGCCAGUGUGAGGAGAACAUGCAGCAGGCCAUCGAGACGGAGGAGGGCCUGGGCAUCGAGUACGACGAAGACGUGGUGUGUGACGUGUGUCGAUCCCCAGAGGGAGAGGACGGCAACGAGAUGGUCUUCUGUGACAAGUGCAACAUCUGCGUACAUCAGGUACAGGGAAGGAUGGAUGUGGUGGUGGAUGUGGUGGAGGUGGAUGUUUUGCUGGGUGAAGAGGACGGGUACAGGGAAGGGUGGAUGUGGUGGUGGAGGUGGGAUGUUUCGGUGGGUGAAGAGGACGGGUACAGGGAAGGGUGGAUGUGGUGGUGGAGGUGGGAUGUUUUGCUGGGUGAAGAGGACGGGUACAGGGAAGGGUGGAUGUGGUGGUGGAGGUGGGAUGUUUUGCUGGGUGAAGAGGACGGGUACAGGGAAGGGUGGAUGUGGUGGUGGGAUGGUGGGAUGUUUUUGGCUGGGUGAAGAGGACGGGUACAGGGAAGGGUGGAUGUGGUGGUGGAGGUGGGAUGUUUUGCUGGGUGAAGAGGACGGGUACAGGGAAGGGUGGAUGUGGUGGUGGAGGUGGGAUGUUUUGCUGGGUGAAGAGGACGGGUACGGGGAAGGAUGGAGGUGGUGGUGGAGGUGGGAUGUUUCACUGGGUGAAGAGGACGGGUACAGGGAAGGGUGGAUGUGGUGGUGGAGGUGGGAUGUUUCGCUGGGUGAAGAGGACGGGUACAGGGAAGGGUGGAUGUGGUGGUGGAGGUGGGAUGUUUUGCUGGGUGAAGAGGACGGGACAAGUAGAUGUUCUAGGGGUAUUAACAGUGUCUUCUUGAUGGAAGAGGGUGUAAGUGUAUAGAGGGUUAAGUCAGUUUGGGUCGUAUUGAGGGUGUUUUGUUUGGGGUCAGGGGGCGAUUGGGGAUGGGUGGGAUUUGUAGUUCUUUGGGGUCAUGACAAGAAGGACAUAAAGGUCAAAGGUGUUAAUUGGCGAUUGUUUGUUUAUAGUUACGGGGAGAAACUGGAUACUAUACUCUCUCCUUCCUUUGACUCCUUACCUCCUUCAACUGUCAGAUCUUAGAGAAAAUCUCCCUGUUAUUGGAAUUAAAAUAUUAUUCUGGGUUUUUGACAAUUAUAAACAGCAAGAAAAAUACAUCCAAGAAAUAGACCCAUCAACCUCAUGCGUUAGUUUUUCAGACUACUGUUUUUUUAUUGGGUGGAAUGGUGUUAAUUGGUUUGACAAUCCUCUGGCAGUCAUACAGCUCUAUCCACCUCCUCCGUUCAACACUGUUUUGACAUGUUUGAAAAUAGUUCCUCCCCCUCUCUCUGUCUCCUCCCCCUCUCUCCUCUGUCUCCUCCCCCCUCUCCCUCUCUCCUCUGUCUCCUCCCCCCUUCCCUCUCUCCUCUGUCUCUUGCCCCUCUCUCCUCUGUCUCCUCCUCCUCUCUCCUCUGUCUCCUCCUCCCCCUCUCUCCUCUGUCUUCCUCCCUCUCCUUCUCCGUCUCCUCCGCCUCUCUCCCUCGUCUCCUCCGCCUCUCUCCCUUUCCUCCCCCACCCCUCCGUCUCUCCCCAGGCGUGUUAUGGGAUCCUGAAGGUCCCACAGGGGAACUGGCUGUGCCGAACCUGUGCCCUAGGGGUGCAACCCAAAUGCCUGCUGUGCCCCAAGAGAGGCGGAGCCCUGAAGCCCACCCGCAGUGGAACCAAGUGGGUCCAUGUCAGCUGUGCCUUAUGGAUCCCCGAGGUGAGCCCACUGGACACACACACAUAUGUGCACCCACACACAUGCACACACAAACACGUACACACACACAUUAUACACAUGCACUCACACAUACAUGCGGUGCCUUCAGAAAGUAUUCAUACCCCUUGACUUAUUCCACAUUUUGUGUUACAGCCUUGAAUUCAAAAUAGAUUAAAUAUUGUUGUUGUUCACCCAUCUACACACAAUACCCCAUAAUGACAAAGUGAAAACAUGUUUUUAGAAAUUUUAGCAAAUGUAUUGGAAAUGAAAUACAGAAAUAUUGAAUUUACAUAAGUACAUUGUUCUUAAAAAAAUAUCCUCAAAGCAAGACUCGGUAAGUGCAAAAUAAAGUAAUUAAUUUUUGAUGUUGGUUUAUAUCUCUCAAAUAAGAGAUAUUAAGUCUUAAUUUGACCUAUUCAGUGCUUUGACGGCACAGCAUUGGAAAUACCGGGCCUUUUUUCUAUUUUCCCCCUUCAGGAUUGGUUUAAUUUUUUCACGCGCUGAGUGAUGCUAACAACUCAACUGUCACUCUGCCAGAGUGCCGUUUAGCCUUUCAGUCAAUCCUGUCGGACUAUAACCAUGAUACUGGCAAGAGUACUUUUUGGAAUAAAAUAUACAAUUAUCUUAUGUAAAUUAGCCAUCAUCAGAAUAAUGAUUCAGAUAGCCUCGCUGUGUACGUCUGACACAAACACUUUCCAUUCAUUUGUUAUGUCGCCCCAAUAUAACAAAUAAUGAAUGUAAACAAACUGACGUAGCUGAUUUCGAACUGACACUGACUGAGUCUGGCUUUAAGCUCUGUCAAGUUGGUUGUUGAUCAUUGCUAGACAGCCAUUUUCAAGUCUUGCCAUGGAUUUUCAAGGAUUUAAUUCAAAACUGUAACUAGGCCACUCAGGAACAUUUAAUGUCAUCUUGGUAAGCAACUCCAGUGUAUAUUUGGCCUUGUGUUUUAGGUUAUUGUUCUGCUGAAAGGUGAAUUUGUCUACGUGUCUGUUGGAAAGCAGUCUGAACCAGGUUUUACUCUAGGAUUUAGCCUGUGUUUAGCUCUAUUCUGUUUCUUUGUGAUGUGUUGUGUUGGAUUUGAUCCAAACAUAACGCUUUGUAUUCAGGACAAAGUUAAUUUCUUUGCCAUUUUUUUUGCCGUUAUGCUAGUGCCUUAUUGCAAACAGGAUGCAUGUUUUGGAAUAUUUAUUCUGUACAGGCUUCCUUCUUUUCACUUUGUCAUUUAGGUUAGUAUUGCGGAGUAACUACAAUAUUGUUGAUCCAUCCUCAGUUUUCUCGUAUCACAGCCAUGAAAUGCUUAACUUAACACAUUUCAAAUAAGCUUUUUGUGCGCAUGGACCAUUUCUGGGAUCUUUUGUUUCAGCUCAUGAAACAUGGGACCAACACUUUAAAUGUUGCGUUUAUAUUUUUUUUCAGUAUCACUUCACCAUGCUCAAAGGGAUAUUUAAUGUCAGCUUUUUAUUUAUUUUACCCAUCUACCAAUAGGUGCCCUUCUUUGCAGGGCAUUGGAAAACCUCCCUGGUCUUUGUGGUUGAAUCUGUGUUUGAAAUUCACUGCUCGACUGAGGGACCUUACAGAUAAUUGUAUGUGUGAGGUACAGAGAUGGGGUAGUCAUUCAAAAAUCACGUUAAACACUAUUAUUGCACGCAGAGUGAAUCCAUGCAACUUAUUAUGUGACUUGUUAAGCACAUUUUUAUCAGUGUAGAUGAAGGGAAGGAGACAGGUUAAAGAAGGAUUUUUAAGCCUUCAGACAAUUGAGACAUGGAUUGUGCAUGUGUGCCAUUCAGAAGGUGAAUGGGCAAGACAAAAGAUUUAAGUGCCUUUUUGAAUGGGGUAUGGUAGUAGGUGACGGGCAACGCUGCUGGGUUUUUCAGGCUCAACAGUUUCCCGUGUAUAUCAAGAAUGGUCCACCACCCAAAGGGCAUCCAGCAAACUUGACACAGCUGUGGGAGGCAUUGGAGUCAACAUGGGCCAGCAUCCCUGUGGAACACUUUUGACACCUUGUAGAGUCCAUGCUCCGACAAAUUGAGGCUGUUCUGAGGGCAAAGGGGGGUGCAACUCAAUAUUAGGAAGGUGUUCCUAAUGUUUUGUACACAAAUUAUACACACAGAUUCACAUCUAUGCAGAUACACACACUCCCACUUCCAAACAGACAAGCACACACACACCUUGAGCAUCAACAUUACAGGGACAAUAAGACUAACAUGUGCUUGCACUUAGACAUGCUGCUCUAACCGGCAUUAAGAGCUUAGAACCCUGUUAAUGAAGUGCCGUUCGGAGUCCUGAACCCUUUUAUCAAUAAUUGUAUUCUGUCACCCUUGAUAGGACUAGUUGUUAUUGUUGUUCUGUGUUUGUUUUAGGGUUGUCACAAUACCAGUAUCGCGAUACUCAGAGGUAUCGUAGCAAGGAAACACAACAUGAAGCAGACUACAUUUCCUCAAGGGAAACAGUACUAAUGUUGGAAACAAGCAACCUGAUGUUGUCACCCAGAAUCACAUGAUUAUUUUCCAAGCUAUAGCACACAAUAUGUUACAGCAGGUUUUUAAAUGACCAAAUUGUUUAGUCUGCUUUGUGUUUUCAUUUUUGCCAGGGAAAAUCAAGUAUCAUAGUAUCUCGAUACUGGUAUCGUGACAACCCUAGUUUAUUUAUAUUUGUUUUACUUCCCCGCCAACUUGAAUUUACAUUAAUUAUUUCCGGGUUUCUCUUUUUAAAAAAAAAAAUUUUUUUUUUUUUUUUUUUUGUUUUUUUCUUUGCCCCUUUUUUUUGGGUUUUUUAAAAAUUUUUUUCUCCUUUCCCCCUUUUUUUGGGGGUUUCCACCUUCUCCUUUUUCUUACAUUUACAUUUCAUUUACGUUAUUUUGCAGACGUCUUAUCCAGAGCGCUUAAAAAAGGUGCAUUUACCAUAGCCAGUGGGAAAACAUUGACAAGAAUUAAUUUUUAAUUUGAAAAUUUUUUUUACUUUUUUUGGGGGGGGGGGAGGGAAAAGGUAGAUUUUAAAGGGGACCUUUUUUCUUAAGGGGGGGGGGGGGAAGAGGGGGGGCAGGGAAGAGGGAGGGGAGGGAGAGAGAGGGGGAAGGGGGGGGAGGAGGGGGGGGGGAGAGGGAGGGGGGAGAGGAGAAGGGGCGGGGGGGGAGGGAGGAGGAGGGGAGAAGAGGGGAGCGAAGGGAGCGAGGAGAGAGAGAAGGGGGGAGAAGAGGGGAGGGAAGGGGGCGGGGAGACGAGAGGGGGGGAGGGAGGGGGAGAGAAGAGAGAGAGAGGGAGGGGGGGAGGGAGAAGAGAGAGAGCAGAGAGAGAGAAAAGGGAAGAGAGGGAGGAACGGAGGAGAGGAGAAGAGGAGGGGAGAGAGGGAAGAGAGGGGGGGAAGGGGGGGGGGAGGGAGAGGGAGGGAGGGAGGGAGAGGGAGAGAGAGGAGGGAGAGAGAGAGAGGGGGGAGGAGAGAAAAAAAAAAAAAGGGAAGGGAGAGGGGAAAGAAGAGAGAGAGAGAGGAGGAGAGAGAGGAGGGAGGGGGGUUCGGGAGGGAAAAAAUAGAGGGGGAAGCGGGGGUGGAGAGGUUGUGGGAGAAAAGGGUUUUGGGAGAGAGGGGGAGAGGCAGAGGAGGGGGAGGGGGGGGAGAGAAGAGAGGGAAAAAGGGAGGGGGAGGCGGGGGGAAAAAAAAAAAAGAGAGAGGGAAAGAGGGGAGAGGGGGGAGGGAGGGGAAAGGGGGGGGGAGAGGAGGGAGACGAAAGGGAAGGGGGAGGGGGAAAACGGGGGGGCGGGAGAGGGAAAAGGGGGGGGGGCGGGGGGAGAGGACGGGGAGCAGGGGGGAGAGGGGGGGCGGGGGGAGAGGGGAGAGGAGGGGGGAGGGGGGGGGGGGAAGCGGGGAGGGGGAAAAGGGGGGGAAAAGGGGGGAGCGGGAGGGAGGGGGCGGGGGAAACAAAGGAGGGGGGGAGGGGGAGGGGAGGGGGGGGGGCGGGGGGGGGCGGCGGGGGGGGCGGGGGAGGGGGGGGGGGGCGAAGGGAAAAGAGGAGAGCGGGGGGGAGGAGGGAGAAGGAGAGGGGAGAGAGAGAGGAAGAGGAGAGGGGAGGAGGGGGAGGGAGAGGGAGGGGGGAGAGGAGAGGAAGGGGAGGGGGGGGAGAGAGAAAAGGGGGGGGGGGUGAGCGGAGAAAAAAGGGGGGGGGGGAGAGGGGGGGGGGGGGAAAGGGGGAAGAAAAGGGGGAGGAGAGGGAGGGGGGGGGGGAAAAGGGGGGGGGGACCGGAGGAGGGGAAGGGGGGGGGGGGAGGGGAGCGGGAGAGAGGGGAGGGAGGGGAGGGGGAAAGGGGGGAGAGGGAAAGGGGGGGGAAACCUUUUUGGGGGGAAGGUGCCCUUGUUAUUAUUUUUUAAAAACUGGGGGCGUUGAAAUAGGAAAAAAGGAGCCUUCCUCUUUUUUUCUUAUUUUUCUCUCUUUUUUCUAUCUUUUUUCGCUCUCCCCCUUUCUUCUCUAUCUCUUCUUUCUCUCCUUUUAUCCUUUCCCCUUUCCCUAUCUCCUAUCUCUCUCUCUCUCUCUCUCUGCACUAAAGACACAGGCAGCAAGGUGUUAGUUAAUAAGACAUCUUGGCGGAGAUUGGAAUUUCACAGGCGUGAAGCGUGAGGGUGGUUUUAACGCUCACCUUGUGGUUCAGACAGGGGACUUCUGGCAGUCAGAGAGUGACUUUGUCAAUCAGAGGGUCCGGCUACAACCGAGGCUGUAUCUCAUUUACUUAGUCUUCAAACGCACUAACCUCCCUCCCUGCAGCUCUAUGGCUCUCUCAGCAGCCCUCCAAACCCCCUCCCCUCCGCCGCCCCUUCCUCCCAAAAAAGGGCAACUUAAAUUUUCUGCCUUUUCAUUUAGGCCCUUGAUUUCCUCCCCAUUUCCAGUUGUCACUUUAAAUGAAAGCUUUUCAUCGUCAUUUGGAAAUAUGAAGUAAUUGGAGCUGGAAUGAGCGGAAGGAGUGAUUGAAAAGCACCACACACACACACACACACAGAGAAAGUCACACACACACUCACUCAGAGAAAGACAAACACACACACACACUCAGAGAAAGACACACACACACACACACACACACACUCAGAGAAAGACAAACACACACACACACAGAGAAAGACACACUCCGAAAGAGAGACAGUUCUUUAGAGCUGAAAACGCUUUGAUAUCUUAAUCAAGAGAGGACAAAAGUGAGGGAGGGAAAGGAAGAGGGUGCUGCCUGCGCGGAGUGAGGGAGCACAGCCCUACACUCUGUGUGAAAGGCCUGGUUCAAUGGCUGCAGUCAGAACGGGAAGGAUUCACACAGCAUUUCAUGGAUUCUCAGGGAGAGGAGGGGAUGGAGGAAGUCAGUAUUAUCAGGGAGAGGAGGGGAUGGAGGAAGUCAGGAUUAUCAAGGAGAGGAGGGGGAUGGAUGAAGUCAGGAUUAUCAAGGAGAGGAGGGGGAUGGAGGAAGUCAGGAUUCUCAGGGAGAGGGGAUGGAGGAAUUCUGGAUGUUAUUAGGGAUUAGGAAUGAAGGAUGAGGCUUACAGAAAUAGUAUUUUCAGAGAGAGGAAUAUGAAUGUGGGGGAAUGAAUAUCGGAGCCUGGCCGGAAGGGAAGGGUACUUCAGGAGAGGACAGUACUGGGUCUAGAAAUACCCAGAAUGCCUGAUGAUCAUAUAUACUAUAAAAAGAAAACAUGAAAUUCAGUAAAGGAACCGCUUACAAUCUGUAUUAAAGUCUGAAGCAAAGUGCCUAAAAGUAUCUAUAAAAACUCUGGGAAAACUGCUCUGGAAACCCUAUACAUGUACACUACCAGUCAAAAGUUUGGCCACACUUACUCAUUCAAGGGUUUUUCUUUAUUUUUACUAUUUUUUACAUUGUAGAAUAAUAGUGAAGACAUCAAAACUAUGAAAUAACACAUAUGGAAUCAUGUAGUAACCAAAAAAGUGUUCAAACAAAUCAAAAUAUAUGUUAUACAGUUGAAGUCGGAAGUUUACAUACACUUAGGUUGGAGUCAUUAAAACUCGUUUUUCAUCCACUCCACAAAUUUCUUGUUAACAAACUAUAGUUUUGGCAAGUUGGUUAGGACCUCUACUUUGUGCAUGACACAAAUACUUUUCCAACAAUUGUUUACAGACAGAUUAUUUCACUUAUAAUUCACUGUAUCAAAAUUCCGGUGGGUCAGUUGACGGUGCCUUUUAAACAGCUUGGAAAAUUCCAGAAAAUGAUGUCUUGGCUUUAGAAGCUUCUGAUAGGCUAAUUGACAUAAUUUGAGUCAAUUGGAGGUAUACCUGUGGAUGUAUCUCAAGGCCUACCUUCAAACUCAGUGUCUCUUUGCUUGACAUCAUGGGAAAAUCAAAAGAAAUCAGCCAAGACCUCAGAAAAAGAAUUGUAGACCUCCACAAGUCUGGUUCAUCCUUGGGAGCAAUUUCCAAACGCCUGAAGGUACCACGUUCAUCUGUACAAACAAUAGUACGCAAGUAUAAAACCAUGGGACCACGCAGCCGUCAUACCGCUCAGGAAGGAGACGCGUUCUGUCUCCUAGAGAUUAACGUACUUUGGUGUGAAAAGUGCAAAUCAAUCCCAGAACAACAGCAAAGGACCUUGUGAAGAUACUGGAGGAAACAGGUACAAAAGUAUCUAUAUCCACAGUAAAAUGAGUCCUAUAUCGACAUAACCUGAAAGGCCGCUCAGCAAGGAAGAAGCCACUGCUCUAAAACCGCCAUAAAAAAGCCAGACUACGGUUUGCAACUGCACAUUGGGACAAAGAUCGUUCUUUUUUAAACUGUUUGGCCAUAAUGACCAUCGUUAUGUUUGGAGGAAAAAGGGGAUGACUUGCAAGCCGAAGAACACCAUCCCAACCGUGAAGCACGAGGGUGGCAGCAUCAUGCUGUGGGGGUGCUUUGCUGCAGGAGGGACUGGUGCAAUUCACAAAAUAGAUGGCAUCAUGAGGAAGGAAAAUUAUGUGGAUGUAUUUAAGCAACAUCUCAAGACAUCAGUCAGGAAGUUAAAGCUUGGUCGCAAAUGGGUCUUCCGAAUGGACAAUGACCCCAAGCAUACUUCCAAAGUUGUGGCAAAAUGGCGUAAGGACAACAAAGUCAAGGUAUUAGAGUGGCCAUCACAAAGCCCUGACCUCAAUCCUAUAGAAAAUUUGUGGGCAGAACUGAAAAAGCGUGCGCGAGCAAGGAGGCCUACAAACCUGACUCAGUUACACCAGCUCUGCCAGGAGGAAUGGGCCAAAAUUCACCCAACUUAUUGUGGGAAGCUUGUGGAAGGCUACCCGAAAUGUUUGACCCAAGUUAAACAAUUUAAAUGCAAUGUUACCAAAUACUAAUUGAGUGUAGGUAAACUUCUGACCCAUUGGGAAUGUGAUGAAAGAAAUAAAAGCUGAAAUAAAUCAUUCUCUUUGCUAUUAUUCUGACAUUUCACAUUCUUAAAAUAAAGUGGUGAUCCUAACUGACCUAUGACAGGGAAUUUUUACUAGGAUUAACUGUCAGGAAUUGUGAAAAACUGAGUUUAACUGUAUUAGGCUAAGGUGUAUGUAAACUUCCAACUUCAACUGUAUUUGAGAUCCUUCAAAUAGCCACCCUUUGCCUUGAUGACAGCUUUGCACACUCCUUGGCAUUCUCUCAACCAGCUUCAUGAGGUAGUCACCUGGAAUGCAUUUCAAUUAACAGGUGUGCCUUCUUAAAAGUUAAUUUGUGGAAUUUAUUUCCUCCUUAAUGCGUUUGAGCCAAUCAGUUGUGUUGUGACAAGGUAGGGGGGUAUACAGAAGUUAGCCCUAUUUGGUAAAAGACCAAGUCCAUAUUAUGGCAAGAACAGCUCAAAUAAGCAAAGAGAAACGACAGUCCAUCAUUACUUUAAGACAUGAAGGUCAGUCAAUACGGAACAUUUCAAGAACUUUGAAAGUUUCAGUCGCAAGAACCAUCAAGUGCUAUGAUGAAACUGGCUCUUAUGAGGACCACCACAGGAAUGGAAAACCCAGAGUUACCUCUGCUGCAGUGGAUAGGUUCAUUAGAGUUACCAGCCUCAGAAAUUGCAGCCCAAAUAAAUGCUUCACAGAGUUCAAGUCACAGACACAUCUCAACAUCAACUGUUCAGAGGGGACUGUGUGAAUCAGGCCUUCAUGGUCGAAUUGCUGCAAAGAAACCACUACUAAAGGAAACCAAUAAGAAGAAGAGAGCUGCUUGGGUCAAGAAACACGAGCAAUGGACAUUAGACCGGUGGAAAUUAGUCCUUUAGUCUGGAGUCCAAAUUUGAGAUUUUUGGUUCCAACCGCUGUGUCUUUGUGAGACGCGGUGUGGGUGAAUGGAUGACCUCCGCAUGUGUAGUUCCCACCGUAAAGCAUGGAGGAGGAGGUGUUAUGGUGUGGGGGUGCUUUACUGGUGACACUGUCUGUGAUUUAUUUAGAAUUCAAAGCACACUUAACCAGCAUAGCUACCACAGCAUUCUGCAGCGAUACGCCAUCCCAUCUGGUUUGGGCUUAGUGGGACUAUCAUUUGUUUUUCAACAGGACAAUGACCCAACACACCUCCAGGCUAAGGGCUAUUUUACCAAGAAGGAGAGUGAUGGAGUGCUGCAUCAGAUGACCUGGCCUCCACAAUCCCCCGACCUCAACCCAAUUGAGAUGGUUUGGGAUGAGUCGGACGGCAGAGUGAAGGAAAAGCAGUCAACAAGUGCUCAGCAUAUGUGGGAACUCCUUCAAGACUGUUGGAAAAGCAUUCCUGUUGAAGCUGGUUGAGAGAAUGCCAAGAGUGUGCAAAGCUUUCAUCAAGGCAAAGGGUGGCUAUUUGAAGAAUCUAAAAUCUAAAAUAAAUUUUGAUUUGUUUAACACUUUUUUGGUUACUACAUGAUUCCAUAUGUGUUAUUUCAUAGUUUUGAUAUGUUCACUAUUAUUCUACAAUGUAGAAAAUAGUAAAAAUAAAGAAAAACCCUUGAAUGAGUAGGUGUGCCUAAACUUUUGACUUGUACUGUAGGUGAUGUGACUGUCUGUAUUAACGUCUUGUAAGACACAUCUGUGUUGACAUUGCGUGUGUGUGUGUGUGUGUAUGGUAUCCAGGUGAGUAUAGGCUGUCCGGAGAAGAUGGAGCCCAUUACUAAGGUGUCCCACAUUCCCGCCAGCCGUUGGGCCCUGUCCUGCAGCCUGUGUCGAGAACACACGGGCACCUGCAUACAGGUGAGACACACACACACACACACACACACUAGGGUUAGGAAUUGGCAGGGACCUCAUAAUAUGAUAUCACGAUACUUAACACUCACACACUCCAGUAACCCCCCUUUUUCAUUUUAGCAUGUCAGUGUACCUUCGGUUGUUAAAGAAGCCCUGAAGGUGUGACAAUGAGUUCCUCAUUAGCGGCACAUAUUUACAUUUACAUUUUACAUUUUAGUCAUUUAGCAGACGCUCUUAUCCAGAGCGACUUACAGUUAGUGAUUACAUAUAUUUUUUUUAUACUGGCCCCCCGUGGGAAUCGAACCCACAACCCUGGCGUUGCAAACGCCAUGCUCUAUCAACUGAGCUACAUCCCUGCCGGCCAUUCCCUCCCCUACCCUAGACGACGCUGGGCCAAUUGUGCGCCGCCCAUGAGUCUCCCGGUCGCGGCCGGCUGCGACAGAGCCUGGAUAUCAUCCUAUACUGUACAUAUUAAAAUACCAGUACGUUUGGUGUGAACACAUAGGACUUAGAGAGAUGGCAGGUCAUGAGGCUCAGAAAGAAUCGACACAUCCCCUGAUAUCAAGCUUUGCCCGUUUGACACCAAACAACUGAAACCGGUUGCACUAACUAACCACACGUGUUGAAUCACUGUCUGACAAAUUAUGAUUUAAUGUUUUAUUGGUGGAUUAUUAGAUUCAUAUACUAAUCAUUUAUAAUGUAGCUCAUCAAUAAGGAUGUGUCCCAAAUGGCUGCUUUAGUUAGUGCGCUAUAUAGGGAAUUUGGGAUCUGGUCUGGUACUUACUCCCAUAAAGUUAGCAUUAAAGGGAUAAGGUCCAGUAAGAUUGCAGUAAAGCAUCAGAGCUUGUACAGUAUCGGGAUCCUAUCCACCAGACUGUCAUAUAUUUGGACUGGAGAGAACUACUUCCAUUUAACGUCUAGCGGCGUUGGUGUUGAGGGCAUUACCAAGCUGCAGGCUGAAGACAUGAGGAAUAGUGAUUUCCAGUUGUGGCUUAUCUCUCUCCUCAUCAUGGCUGACAGAACCUGAGGGGCUCCCAACCCUCGGGAGAGAGACUGCCACUGAGAUAAGUGGGAUAUUCUACUGUGAUGGGGGGAGGGAAGGAGAGAUGGAGAGAAAGAAUGGGUUGGAAUGGGGAGAGGAGUGGGUCGGAGCGAAGUGGGCUCCUCUCGGCCUAGGUAGCGAGAGAGGGAAAGAGACUGAGACGUCCCAAAUGGCACACUAUUCCCUAUAUUGGACCUCUGUAGCGCAUCAUAAGCCACAGGGACACACUGGCUAAGUCCCAAAUGGCACCCUAUUCCCUACAUAGUGCACUACUUUGUGAGUUGGGCCUCUGUAGUGCACUAUAUAGGGUGCCAUUUGGGACGCAGCCCAUGCCUGUCGUUGUCAUCCCAGGCCCUUAGAAAAUGUGGGCCUCUUGUUCUGCUGCUCUCUGAUGGAAUGGAAAACACUGCUAGCCUCCAUCCCUCCUCUCCUCCAUCCCUCCUCUCCCCUAUCCCUCCUCCCCCCAUCCCCUCAUGGGACCAGUCUGAGGUUUGAAAUGGAUAGGCCUGAGGAAAGGCAAGAACAGAGGUUUGAUUUUAGACUGUGGUUGUUAUGAGGGCGGCACAGACAAAUCAGGGUUUGUGACAACAUGGGAACCAAUGUUUGUUUUGACCGUGUUGCCCACAGGACAAGAGCUCCUGUCUGUCUGGGAUAGACUGGACAGAGGCAGACGGUUACAAUAAGUUUUCCAGAACAGACAUUUCUCUGAACACAUUCUUCGUUACGCACACUGUGGUGGCAGAGGAAGGAGUUGUGACAGUGUUGCUUAGCAGUCAUUAACACGUUUCUGUUUGUGUGAGGCCAGCAUCAUCAGAGAAAAACUAUUGUUUACCCUACUGUUGUGACUGUGUACCUUGUCAUCUUUGUGUGUUUAACCAUUUUUAAGCAGUGUUGAAUAUGUAAAUAUGAAUACUUACUCCUCCUUCCUCCCUCCCUCCCCAGUGCUCCAUGCCCUCCUGUAUUGUGGCCUUCCAUGUGACCUGCUCCUUUGACCACGGCCUGGAGAUGCGUACCAUCCUGGCCGAGAAUGACGAGGUGCGCUUCAAAUCAUACUGUCUGGAGCACAGCAGCACUACCGGCAACUGUAACCACGCUGCCGCCGGCAAUAUUAACCACACCAACACCAUGACCGGCAACAGUAACCACACCAACGGCAACCACUGCGCUGGUGCCAGCAGCAAAACGGACUGGGCCGGUCUCGGCAACGAGCACAGAGCCACCGCCGUGCCGGAACACCACCAAGCGACCAGCGAGCUGCCACCUGUGGAGCGUCCAGACAGGGACCAGAUAGAGAGGGAGAAGGCCAGCCAGCGCAAACAGAAACUACAGGAGCUGGAGGACGAGUUCUACCGCCUGGUGGACCCCAAGGACGUGGCGGAGAGCCUGGGCCUGCCGGAUGCCCACGUGGACUUCCUGUACCAGUUCUGGAAGCUGAGGAGGAAGUCCAACUUCAACCGUCCACUGGUGACGCUGAAGAGAGACGAGAUAGAUAACCUGGCUCAGCAGGAGCAGGACGUGCUGUACCGACGCCUCAAAUUGUUCACACACCUACGCCAGGACCUAGAGAGGGUGAGUGGCAGGCUGGGCCGGGGAGGGGAGAGGGGACAGUGUGUGUGUGUGUGUGUGUGUGUGUGUGUGUGUGUAGAUUGAUUUAAUGUUGUAAUGAUGUGUAUGUGUUGCUCUGUCUGUCCAUCUGUAUGGCUUACAAAAUCUAGUCUGCCUGGGGCAUCAAUUCAGCGGACAGUGAAAAGGCUUUGGCUGAAUAAUGUUUCAGUACUAUGACUCAUCCAUAUACAUUUACACCAGACUCCAGUUCAGUCCUAGCUCUCUUCUCCUCUGAGACUGUCCGUCAUGUAGUUUGACUGAGUCCCGGGGUAUCCUGCCCUAUACUGUCUCCUCCGGAUGCCCCAUGCAGCCUCCCCAUAGAAAACAAUCCUGGGCUGCAGCAGGCAAGGCUCCAAUACAGUAUGUUGUGUGAAGCAGAGUAGAGUAGAGGGGAGAGAGGCAGGCAGCUAACUAGGUCCAAAUGGCUGAUUAAUGACCAGGUUGGCGAUGGAGGUUGAGCAGUCACACUCAGUGGUCCCCUGGGCCACACACACUGCACCUACACCCUCUGUGGUAGAGCUCUGCUACUCGACCUGAGCCCGAUGGGCCCCAACACUAUACAUUGGGUUAGGGCUGGGUUUCAUCAUUAACUAGGGUACGGGUAGGUCUCGGGUAUCACUAAAUUGAUCACUAACAUUUUGAAGCUGAGCCAUUUGCUCGUGCAAAUGUAGCUUACAGCUCACUGCUCUCAUGUUUCUUCGUUGAGCAGAGCAGCCGGAGCCAUUGCUAUGGUUACUCACUGACUCAGAGACACCAUGAGCAGAGUGCAUGCAGAGCGAGCUGCCUGCACACAGGGAGCGAGUGACAGACAGAGAGGAGCAGCUAAUGGAUUUACUAACGUAGGAAGUUAUUUCUGAUUUCGGGUUUCGGGCAGGGCUUUAAAUUUGGCAGAAGCAAUUGGGCCUGGGUAGGGUAGGGCCUGAAUGUCGCGGGCAUGGGUAGGGCUCAGCCUUCAAAUUCAUGGCCGUGCAGGGCUCUACUCUGUUAUAGGCUCCCUAAUAACCUCAAAGGGUGGAUGGAUGCAUCCAGAGCUCCUCUUCCAUUCGGGCCCUCCACUUAGCCACAGGGCCUUUAGUUUGAGUGAUGCCCGUGUUUGUCCCGCAGCCGCUGCCGAUCCCAUUCCCUCCUAUAGAUCUCCCUCCUGAGUCCUGCCGUUGUUAGACCUAAGGAUGCAUGCGUUGGCCCGGGCCUUUAUCAGGUUAUCACAGCUCAACAUCACAGCUCUCUAUAUGCUGUAAUGCAUUGUUAACUGGCUAUUGGAAAUUAAUGUAUAUCCUCUUAACCUGAAUCAGUGGAGGAUUGUAUUUUUGGGAUGCGUCCCAAAUAGAACCCUAUUCCCUUAAUCAUGCACUGCUUUUUUUAAUGGGACCUAUAAGCCCUGGUAAAAAGUAGUGCACUAUCAAGGGAAUAGGAUGCCAUUAGUGAUGCAUCCCCGCUGCUGCUGAGUGACGCUCCCACCCCCACCCCACCCUGCACGCCCUUGUCUUCAGUCUCUAUAACAUCAGCAUUUCUGAGUGUACACUAACAAACAGUAGUGGAUUGAGCUAGGCCUAAUAUAUGUUUUGAUCUGAGCUUCCACAGAGAUUACCACUAGCACCACCACUACCCCUGUCUAGCUGAUUGGGUGGCUGGAGUUGUGGUUCAUGUAGGUAGCCUCACGGCCGUGUGCAGUAGGUCACCUGCUGGGUUGUAGAAUCGUCGGGAAAUGAAAAGAAAAUGGCAGCCAAUGUUAUGUGACCAGACACGAUAGGACGGCCACCUGAGUACCUCUUCUCUAUCCCCUGACUACCCUGAUUGUUUGAACAGUAGUGACUUGAGGGCUGGUGCUGGGUAGGUCUAGUUAAUACACCCCUCAGCAAGAGACAUUGGUUGAACUGAGCAGGAAGUAGGAAGUGUUUAAGUAGAGUGGUUUCCUCCCUGUCUUCCCAGUGGUGUGGCACCCGGGCGGGCAUG